CCGCCUUCGUAGUCGAUGAUCGAACGACGGCGGUGAUGCUAAAUUAUUCAUGGACGGCUCUGAUGUUCUGAUAGUUCCAUCUUCAUCACAGAUGACGUUUCGUGGAUGACAGAUUAGUGGACUUUUCGCGACUGCCCUUUUGAUGAUCUCAUCGCGCCACAAAAAUUCCCUCAAGUCGGUCGAUGAUAACGCAAAACUUCAUGCGCGCCCGUUGAUCAUCGCGUACAUACCGUCACAUUACUGCGUCUGUAAAAAUUAAUUCUGAUUAGGUACGUCUGAUAGGGAGAUAGCAGGGGCUCGUCAUUAUCUCGACUUUGCCACGCUAAAUGGUGAAAAUGACACCACUGGAUGAGGGGAGGAUCAGACAGGGCCUGUCUAAGUAUCAAAGUCCAGACAUAACAAAGAAGCAUGUAAUAAGCGUCUUGAAUCUGUACAAAGGCUUGGUAUAUAAAAUCGAGCCUUUUGUUUUCAAUGAUGGCUCACGCAAAGAACUACUCAACUUACAAGGAACUAUACCAGUCGUCUACAAAGGCUCUUGCUACAAUAUUCCAAUCUGCAUAUGGCUGAUGGAUACGCAUCCCAAUAAUGCACCUAUGUGUUAUGUCAAACCGACAGCAGAUAUGCAUAUCAAAGUCAGUAUGUUUGUCGAUCACAAUGGUAAAAUCUACUUGCCGUAUCUUCAUGACUGGGUGCCUCACAAUUCAGAUUUGCUUGCUCUAAUUCAAGUUAUGAUUGUUACCUUUGGGGAACAGCCUCCGGUUUAUGCCAAGACAAGAUCAGAAACGCAACAGAGUUCAACGCCAUACCCUGUUCAAUCAUUCAUGCCUGUACCUGGUGGCGGAAAUGUAUCGAGUUCUGGUUUCCCUCCAUAUCCACCAAAUUCUCAAUACUCCGGCGGCGGCAAUGUGUAUCCACCAUAUCCGCCUACGGCAUCCGGGGGAUUCCCGUAUCCAAGCUCUUAUGGUUCUUAUGCAGGAACCACGCCCAGUUACCCGGCGCAAGGCUACAGUGGUCCAUAUCCACCAUAUCCGCCAGCCACGCAACCGUCGCCGACGGUACAACCAAAUUCCGGAGGAUCUGGCACGAUCACGGAGGAGCACAUAAGGGCAUCUUUGCUGUCCGCGGUAGAGGAUAAGCUCCGACGCCGACUUAAGGAACAGUUCUCACAGUUACAGGCUGAGCUCGAGACGCUGCGACGAACGCAGCAAGAGCUAACGAGCGGCUCGUCGCACCUAGCGGAUCUUUUCGACAAACUCAAGAAAGAGAAACAGGAGCUCGAGAAAAACGUGAAUAUCUUGCAAGAUAAAGAGUCAGAGUUGGAAAAAGAAAUCGGCAAACUGUCUGAUAAUCAGUCGAUAGAUGUCGACGAAGCUGUUACUACCAUAGCGCCGUUAUAUAAACAGAUGCUAAAUGCUUUUGCCGAAGAGGCGGCCACGGAGGACGCUAUUUACUAUCUCGCCGAGGGACUGCGAUCCGGCACUUUAGAUCUUGACGCGUUCCUGAAACAAGUUCGACAACUAUCGCGCAGACAAUUUAUGUUGAGAGCGCUAAUGCAGAGAUGUCGACAGAAAGCCGGUCUGGCCGGUUAAAAAGUAUCCUCCGUGCGUUGUUUUGUCCUAAAGCUGCAAUAUUCCAUUUUGUUGUAAAAUAUCUCAUUGUGCUAGGCAGCGAAAAUGGAACAUACAUAAUUUAUAUCGGCGUCGAAAAACACAGAAGAUUAUUUUAUCGACAAUAAACGCCAUCUUCUCCUUACGGUGUAACGAGAGGAAAACUGUGUUUUACAUGAAAAAGGAAAAAAAAACAUUUAACAGAAUGUAUAUGUUCUUGCAGAUACAGUAAUUAUAGCACGCGUUCAAAUAUGAAAAUAGAUAUAAUUCUUUUCACACGGAAUUAUAUAUUAUCACUAUGAUAUUCGCAUGAAUAGAUUAAUCACGCUGUAGUCUGUGUUCACAGAAAACGAGUGCGAACCUUUAUUUUCUUGAGGUGCCACAGAACUUGUGUACCUGUAUUACAAACUUCAUGCCUUCAUUGUGAUAAAGAUUGAAUAAACUUAUGCACAAUAUAAAAUAA